CGUUAAAUAGGUUCCGGCGAUAAAGACGAAGGUAAAUUCAAAGGACUUUCUACAUAUGAAGCUGACUGUGAAGUCUUCACUGAAGACUUCCAAAAAUUGAUGAAAUAAAAGUUGUGCGAUCAUAUGGAAAUCCUAGAAGUGUUUAGAAGAGAUUCUCCUUUUGGUGCUUUCCUUGAUGUCCAACUUGUUCCCCCUCCAGCCAUGUUAUGGCAGUUGAUGGUUAGGGAGACUAAUGUGGAAGGAGCAAAAGGUUCUGAAAUGUGGUUUGUAGUAAAUGGAGUUCCCAUUAGAUACUCUCUAAUGGAAUUUUCCUUGAUUACUGGACUCAAAUGUUCACAACUAGCUCCCGGAUACGAAGAGCAGUAUGAUAAGGAUUCACUGCCUGUUUUCGUUAAAGAAAACUGGUCAAAGGGUGUGAAAGAUGCCCCAGUUCCGAAAUCGAUCCUUGCCACUGUUGCAAACUCUGAUGAUUCCAUGUCUUUCCCAUGGGGGACAUGGGCAUUCCUGGAGUCCCUCCGUAUCCAAUCUUUGGGGAAGGACGUAGUUUCAGAAAAAAAGAAGCUUGUCAAAGGCGGGAAAACAUCAAACACCCUCCGAUACACUAGCUUUCUCCUCCCCUCAUCCUUUCUCCUAUUUGAGUGCAUUAAUGAUUUUGGAGAGACAUUUGGAGUGAAGAUGGAGCAAACAAAGCCAGCACUUCCGAGAAUGUGUCUCUGGAAAAAUAAAAUUUCAAAAAACCCGUCGCACGAAGCCAUAAUCAAUGCACUAAACGCUACCAAGAGUGUUAGGAGCAUUCUUCUUCCAGAAGGAAGUGAAAUACGUGCCCAUUGGAUCACCAGUCUGACCUCCUUGCAUUCUGUUUCCAAUCCAACUCUUGGAGAAUUCAUAAGGGGAAUCCAAGGAAGGAAUUCAUCAUCAGAUGAAGUUCACUCUUCAAGUGAGGGGUCAGAAGUCCCCUCCAAAAAGUAUGUACUUAGGAAGAGAAAAGUAUCAAAGCCGUGCACCCCACAUGGAAAGGCUGAGCACAGACCUAUGUUGGAAACGCAGAGCCCUCUGUUGGAAAGAACAACCAAUAUCAAGGCUUCAUCUUUUAGUGGAAAUUCAAGUCAAAACUUGCCUGAUUCACUGAAAGAUUACAUUGAUGGUAAAUUUUCUGAGCUUCAAAAGACGCUAUGUCAGGAGGUUGAAAAUUUCUUGGAAAGAAAAUUUCAGACACUAGAAGAAAGAAUUCUCUUAACCUUACUUGACACCUCAAAGGGAAGGACUGACGAAGCGAAGGAAGACGAUGGGAAGAAAGAAGAGCCGGUGGAAGUGAAUGAGGUCGACCACUCUAUAUUUGAAGGGGUGGACCAUAAUGAAGAGGAUGAAAUAAAAGAUGGGAAGGAAGAAGAUGAGAAGGUCGAAGAUCCAGUGGAAGUGAAUAUGGCCGUUCCCCAUUGUUGUGAAUGGGUGGACCAUAAUGAAGAGGCUAUUAAAGACGGGAAAGAAGAAGAGCCGAUGGGAGUGAAUAUGGUCGACCCCUAUAGUUUUGAAAGGGUUGACCAUAAUGAAGAGGAUGAAAUAAAGGAUGGGAAGGAAGAAGAUGAGAAGGUCGAAGAUCCGGUGGAAGUGAAUAUGGUCGACCCCCCUUGUUUUGAAUGGGUGGACCAUAAUGAAGAGGCUAUUAAAGAUGGGAAGGAAGAAGAGCCGGUGGGAGUGAAUAUUGUCGACUCCUAUAGUUUUGAAGGGGUUAACCAUAAUGAAGUGGAAAAAAAAGAUGGGAAAGAAGAAGAUGGGAAGGAAGAAGUUGGGAAGGAAGGAGAUGGGAAGGAAGAAGAUGAGCCCAUUGCAGUCAAUAUGGUCAAGCUCUCCAGUUUUGAAGGAAUUCCUGAAGAGAAAGAGGAAGAAGAGGGUGACCAAUUUAAAGUAAAGAAUAGGAGUCCACCAAUCCAGCAAGAAGAAGAGGAAAAGUUUGAAGUUGAGGGAGAGGCCAAUGAAGAUGAGAUGGCAAUGAGUGAUAAAAUUGUCCAUGAUGUUGUUGAAUUCUGCAAAUCAACUGAAAACAAUGUUGAUGAGAAACUUGAGUCCGAUGGUGACGUCUUGAGAGAAUUGACAAAUGUGGAUGAAGUCGCUGCUGCACGGUCGGCAAUUGCUGAUGGGAGAGAAGUUCAGUGUAUCAUGGAAAAGAGGGAAGAGUCCCACGACAUUGUUAAGAAGUGGUGGAGUUCCUUGAUCAAGGCCGGCGGCUGGUUGGAGACCUCGCAUAUGGAAGAAAUCGUGAUAUACUUCAUGAAAAUGUAUAACAAGAAAGAUAGCACAUAUGCCGUCCUCCUAGAGAGCUUUCAAAUGUUAAGUGAGGUCAAUGCCACUACUGAACUAUUUCCAAUGCUGGACACCGGCCUCAUGGAAAUAGUUCUUGGUAGAUGGGACUCAUGCUCUAAACCGUGGAAGGAUAUUUCAUGUGUUUAUUGGGUUCAUAACACAAAGGAUCAUUGGGUCGCCAUAAGAGCUGAAUUCGAUAGAAAGUGUCUGGUGGUGUUUGACUCCCUACAACAAAUUACAAGCAUGAGUAAACUUGAAGAAGUACAGUAAAAAAUUCUCAAAGUUUUUCUUGUGAUGUGCGAAUACGCAUCAAAUUAUCUUCAAGGUAUUCCUGGCGACCACAGAGACAUGAGCGCGAAAUGGAGUGUUGAACGUCCUUUGGUGCCGCAACAGACAAAUUCAGACUGUGGGGUGUUUGCUUUGAAGUUCAUUGAGCUUGGUGUUCAAAAUUUGCAACCUUCGGUCAUUAGCGGAUUCAGUGAACUUG